AAAAUGUCGUUCUCCAGUCGUAUCAGAUCUUCUCUUUCACAAAAUCAGGAGUUUUGGCAGACCAUUCGUGAGCUUGAGAAGAUGUGGGAAAAGACUGGUCCUACUCCUGCAAGGCUGGAUUCAAGAAUAGAGCAUUAUGUCCAGGCUAUGAAUGACAAAAUGACAAGGAUGGGAGAAGAGCUUGUGAAUCUUGAGAUGGGCCAUGUAGAGAAAGUUGAGGGACUUAUUCUAUCUCAAGACAAGGAAAGAAAAGUCUUGUUAGAAGAACUUGGAUAUGAAAUCACAGAAGCAGCUGAUGAUCUAAAACUCUACCCAAAAGAGAAGUGGAUAAGAGAUGAGGUUAGUAGACUAAAGGCAGAGAAGGUUGAGAAGAUGAGGGAUUAUCUGGAACAGAUUCAGAAAAAACAGGAGUUGGAAGAUAAACUAGGAAUUAAGGAGACUGAAUGGGAAGUUAAAUCUGUUCCAACUGCUAGACAGAAACGAGAUCUUCAAUAUUACCUAGAUGAAUUGAACAAAGAGGUGGAGAGCAGAGAGACUAGAAUAUUUACCAUGACUGAGCGCAUAAACCAAUUAAUGUAUAUUCUUGGCUAUGGAGACCUGGAUGUAACCUCCGUUUUAGCAUUUAUAGAUACAGAAGGGUCAAUCAAGAAGGCUGAUCUAAAGAAAGUGCAAACAGAGCUUCAGCGACUGGAAAACCUUCGAGAAGUAAGGAUGGAGGAGGUGGAAGGAAUGCUGUACUCUAUUAAUAAUCUGUACCAGAAACUGAACAUUCCAGUGAAUGACCGACUGGCCUUGGCCACUGGUGCUGUGUCUGGUAUCCAAGAUCUGCUGUCUGAAUCCAACUACCAGGAUAUAAAAGAAGAGCUUAGCAGGGUCACUGUUUUGAAACAGAAAAGCAUGGAUAUGCUUGUUGCUGGUGCCAGGGUAAGACUGGAAAAAAUCCAGCAUCAGCUGUUCAAGAGCCCAGAGGAGAUUGAAGAUUUUAUUGUAAAAACUUCUACAGACAAUUUAGAUGAGAACUUGGACCUGAUUGAAAAGGAGAUUGACAUCCUUGUCAUGUUUCUUGAGCAGAACAGGAACCUUGUGGAAGAUAUUUGGGAUCUUCUUCAUCUAGAGAAUCUAUCAGAGGAGCUCAUUGAAAGAAUGAGCAACCCUAAUAGACUGUUCAAGGCCAGAGGAAAUCAAAUGGUUAAAGAGGAGAAAGACCGUAAGAAGGUUAACUCUAUUCCCAGGAGGUGUGAGAGGAUUCUACGUUAUGAGAUGAAUAUGCAUGUGUAUGAUGAACCACUGGAGGUGUUUGUAGACAGAAUAUUGGAGAGAUUUUACGACAGUACAGGUAAGAGGCCUGUUAAAAAGGGGUCAAAUGCCUCUUCUACUUCCAGCAACCUUGGAAAUACUAGAUCCUCAACAAUACCAAAAAACCCAAAUCUUGAUGGAGAUGACUUUGCUCCCAGCAUGAACAGCACAGAGUAUGACAGUUUAAGAACUGGUCCCAUGAUUGCUGGAGACAGUAGAUUUCAAUAUGAUGAUCAUUCUCUUCUUUCAUCUAGAUCCAGGAUUUCCAGAAUACCCAGUUCAGCUACUAGAAGUAUGAGGACCUUACGAAAGAGUCAAUCAUUCUCAGAUCUGCAACAUCCAAACUUUCAAUAUUCACAGUUGUCUUCCAUUUCUGAGUUUAGUACUACUAAUACAGCAGCAAGGAAAUCUAAUAAGCCAGCUGUACCUCAAAGUGAGCCAACUCUGUCACAGACCAGGAAAUCUCGACGCCGAAGUCGGAGUGUUAUCACUCACAGAAGUUUCAUCCCACGUAGCUUAGCAGUCAAUAACAGAAGUAGCCUUGUCAGGUUGGGCCGGUCAACAGGACCUGAAAACAGACCUGAGACAGCGACUAUGCAGUCUCGACGCAGAAGCCAGAGUGUCGUUAUCGGGAGUAGUUCAGAGGUCAACAACAGUAGGUUUACUCAGUCCACUUUUCCAGCUAACAGGACUGGGCGACUCAGAUAAUUGGAAUUCUGGUCCAGUAUUAGAUUUUGUUUGUGAUAUAUCGUAUAAAUAAGGAUGGGCAUCUUUGUUUGACCUCUAAAACAAUGCCCAUCCAUAGAAACCCAAUUGUACCUGAUUUCUUUAGACCUAUUUGACCUAUUUGACCUCUGCUAAGUUGAUUUAAGAACCAAAUAUUUUGAAUAUUUUUUAUUAGCUUUUGAUGAUUUUAAUUGACGAUUUUUUGGAAAAAACAAAAAACGUUAUUUAUUAUGAGCUUUUGACAUUCAAC